AUGGCCAGAGCUGGUGGGAACUGUGGGCUUUGGAGGAGCUUGGUGCUAUUGGGUUUGUAUGGUUGUUCUGUGGUCGGGGCAGCUGCUCCAAGCCCAUUGAGAAACCCGAGGGCAGAGACUCAGACCAACACCUCCAUCACCCUGAGGUGGGAGGUCCCUGAUGGCACUGACGCUCAGAACUUGACCAACUGGGUCCAAUGGCCUGGAGAUGGUGGGGCAACACUGAUUUCCCUUUCUGUCCCCAUUUCAGCCCCAAACCCAGUGAGAAACCUGAGGGUUGAAGGUCAGAACAACAUCUCCAUCAGCCUGAGCUGGGAGCCUCCUGAUCUGUCCUCCCUGCAGAACCUCACCUACUGGGCCCAGUGCAGUAGACAUGGUGGCCAAAGUGAGACCCGGAACACAACAGACACCAGUGUCACUGUGGAUGGACUUGAUCCUGGGUCUUCAUAUGAAUGUUCUGUGUGGGUGGAAAAGGAUGGAGUCUCUAGCACCAAUGAGACUGUCAGUACCAGCACAGAACCAAACCCAGUGAGAAACCUGAGGGUCGAAGGUCAGAACAACAUCUCCAUCAGCCUGAGCUGGGAGCCUCCUGAUCAGUCCUCCCUGCAGGGCCUCACCUACUGGGCCCAGUGCAGUAGACAUGGUGGCCAAAGUGAGACCCGGGAUACAACAGACACCAGUGUCACCGUGGAUGGACUUGAUCCUGGGUCUUCAUAUGAAUGUUCUGUGUGGGUGGAAAAGGAUAAAGUCUAUAGCACCAAACAGCCUCUCAAUACAAGCACAGCUUUCACAGAUCUACAGAAUAAAAACUAUACCCACAGCUCAGUGGCCCUGAUAUGGAGUCCUCCUAAGGACCGCUAUUCUCAUUUCUACACCUACUGGGUUCAAUCUGGCACUUUGUGCAACUUCAGCUUGUGGGCAGAAAGGAACGAUAUGCCCAAUGCCAUACGAAGCCUACAGGUGCCCACAGCUGAUAUGCCCCAUUCUCUUUUACCAGCUGCUGUCAACAUCACCUCCUGCAUCAGCACUUCUGGGGGAUAUGGGGUCCUCCUGACCUGGUCCUGCCCAUCUGGGGGUUAUGAGAACUUUGAGGUGAAAGUGGGUAGGAAAUGGAGCUCUGAAAAUGGAUCUUUGUGUGGGAAGGGCGUGACCGUGUCAGAUCUUGAGCCAGCUCAGUCCUACACAGCCACCGUCAUGACUGUCUUCAACAAACUGAAGGCCCAGUCUGUCUCUACAACUUGCCACACAGAGAGUGCAGCCAUCAUUGCUGGAGCCAUUGUGGGCAUCAUCCUGCUUUUCAUCCUGGUAGGUCUGCUGAUUGUCUUCCUGAAGAGGAGGAGAAAGAAGAGACAGCCCAAGGAAGUGCCCAAGGAUCUGGUGUGCAGCUGCCCAGGGGAUAUCCUGGCCAAAGACUUUGCUGACCAUGUCAGGGAGAAUGAGAAGGAUAGCAACUGUGGAUUUGCUCAGGAGUAUCAGCAACUGGCUCUGGAGGGCCAAGGCCAGUCUCAAAUAACGGCAUCGGCUCUAGAGAACAGAUCCAAGAACCGCUACAGGAAUGUACUGCCCUAUGACUGGUCCCGGGUUCCCCUGCAGCCCCUCCAAGAGGAACCAGGCUCUGACUAUAUCAACGCCAGCUUUAUGCCUGGUCUCUGGGGCCCCAAGGAGUUCAUCGCAACCCAGGGUCCCCUGCCUAACACUGUGAGUGAUUUUUGGAGAAUGGUCUGGGAACAGCAGAGCCACACCCUGGUUAUGCUGACCAACUGCAUGGAGUCUGGACGGGUGAAGUGUGAGCACUACUGGCCCUUGGAUGCUCAGCCUUGCAUUCAUGGGCAGCUGCAGGUAAUGUUGAUUAGUGAGGAGGCGUCAGAAAACUGGACAGUGAGGCAUCUUCAGCUCUUCCAUAUGAAAGAACAGCAGACUCUCUCGUUGCGCCAAUUCCACUACCUGGCCUGGCCAGACCAUGGAGUUCCUUACUCCCCAGACCCCUUGCUGGCUUUCCGAAAGAUGCUUCGGCAAUGGAUGGAUCAGACCAAGGAUGGAGGUCCACCCAUUGUGCAUUGCAGUGCUGGUGUGGGCCGGACGGGCACCCUAAUUGCACUGGAUGUCCUGCUGCGGCAGCUGGAGUGUGAGGGGCUGGUGGGUCCCUUCAGCUUUGUGAAGAAGAUGAGAGAGAGCCGGCCACUGAUGGUGCAGACAGAGGCCCAGUAUGUGUUCCUCCACCAGUGCAUCUUGAAGUCCCUCCAGAAACCAGCUCCAGCCCUUGUCCCAAAGGAGGCGAUGUAUGAGAACGUGGCAAGCUUAGUUUAUGAGAAUGCAUCUGCCAUCAUGGCCCAUGAGUCUGAGGUCUCAGCUUCUGGGUGCUGA